AGAAACGUCAAAAGUUCGUCUUGCGUGCGAGCAGAUGGCUCUCAAAGUUGUGUAAAUCGUGAACGCAAAAAACAUUGUUCGAUCAAUUCCUAUCAAAUUAGGACCGAAAAUGUUACACAGAAACCUGCUGCAGUUGUCCCGUCUAGUCAAAGUAUCGAAUUCUCAGGUUUGUCCGCUGGUAGCGGCCAGUUUUGCCCGCCGAUACUCGUUCAAUCAGAACUCGCAGCUUCUGUGGCUCCGGCAGCAGCAGCAGCAGCAGCCACCGAAGGAACCCCUCGUCUGCUGUGGUGCUGCCCCCGCCGGUCAGCGUUUCCUGCAUUUGACACAGACCGCACUAUGCUCAAAAAGUGAAGUCAAGUCCAGCAGCAGUGCUCAGGCCGCCGGUGCGGCGCCUCAGCUCCUGUCGAAACUGUUUCCGCAGACUGCCGUGGAGAAUGAGCAAGCCGAACAGGCUCAGGAGCAGAAGCGCAAGGAAGAGGAGGAAGCCAAAAAGGAGAAGGAAUCAUCCUGGAAGCGGAUGAAGUUUGGCUUCGUCCUGUUCGGAGUUUCCGUAACGGCCUUCUCCGUCUAUACGGUAUUUAUAUUCGGAGCGCCCGACCGUGACCCGGAAGGCAACGUCAUCGAGGAUGAGUUCACCCAACUGCCGACUGUCCAACAGUACUUCAAACGGCUCUGGAAGUCGAUGACCUACUACCAAAAGAUGAUCCAAGAACCUUCGCGUGAAAAGCUUCUUCCCGAUCCGCUCAAGUAUCCGUACAUUCAGCCACCCUACACGCUGGUCCUGGAGAUGAAGGACGUGCUCGUGCAUCCCGACUGGACCUACCAGACCGGAUGGCGCUUCAAGAAGCGUCCCGGAAUUGACAAAUUCCUCGAAUCCCUGGCGCGGCACUUCGAAAUUGUCAUCUACACUGCCGAUCAGGGAAUGACCGUGUUCCCCAUCCUGGAUGCCCUCGAUCCGCAUGGCUACAUCAUGUACCGUUUGGUGCGCGAUGCGACCCACUUCGUCGAUGGGCACCAUGUGAAAAAUCUGGACAACCUGAAUCGGGACCUGCGCAAGGUCAUCGUCAUCGAUUGGGAUCCCAACUCCACGAAACUGCACCCGGAGAACACCUUCAACAUCCCACGCUGGAGCGGAAACGAUGACGACACCACACUGCUAGAUUUGCUCUCGUUCCUGAUGACCAUCGCCAGCAGCGAGGUGGAUGACGUGCGCGAGGUCAUGACCCACUACAAGCAGUUUGAGAAUCCGCUGGCGCAGUUCCGGGAGAAUCAACGCCGACUGGCGGAGCAGAUGGCCGAGAAGGAGCAGGAGGAGAAGCAACGGGCAAAGCCGGCAGUGCAAAAGUGGAGACCCAGCUUUUUGGGCAGUUCCCGCUAGGAGGAUGUUUUAGCGCUAGAUUGUUUUCCUAUUUCUUUAAUUUUUACCGAUAAAGUUGUAGAACAGUGACUUCGCUCGGAAUGCUCUUUUGAAGCAAAAGUUUGUUAUGGUUAGUCGUAAAUAGUAAGAUUAUGCUAUCAAAUUAAGUGCUUGCUACUGGCGACUGAUGAUAAUAUAUUGUUUAGAGUGAA